AUGUUCAUCCCAGCGCCACCGUCCCCAACCCCUGACUAUGAUGAUGAUGGGGAGUCAGAUGGAAAUGAGUCUGACAUCCUUCAGGGUUCACAGUUUUAUGUAGUGACAGACCAGCAAGGAGAACCUGUGAAAAAGAAACUGACCAACAGGGAUUCCUUGAGUGAUGACAGUCUGCAGAAUGCUCCAGUCACAACCAAGAGCACUUCUAAAUCAUCUACGCCACCAAAGACACCCUCAACACCCCUGCAGAGCAUGAUGAGGGCAUUUCAUAAAGGUCUUCCUGACCUCGAGCAAGAGAAUGGAUUCUCUGAUGAUUCCCUAGAGGAUUCUGUGACUGCUCAAUCUCGUCCUUCCACCAUCAGUCAGAAACCACACAGACCUACCUCUAUGGAGUCUCUUGUCUCCAUGGAGAGCUCUACUGCUUCGUUUGAUUACAUGAAUGCUGGGCAAGCAAAGAAUUCUUCCUAUGGGAGAGCAAGGUCAAGGCCAAACAGUGCUGACACUGGAGCCCAGAAAGGAGGUAAUGUGCGAGACAGGAAAGACUUGAAUGGUAAGGUUAAAAAAUCAACACCAAGAUCGGCAGAAAAUGGCAUUGGUCAAAAGGGUAAUUUAAGUAACAAAGACAGUGAGAAAAACAUUGAAGAGUCUAACAACUUUAGCAGACAGAGUUCAAGAGAGAGUUCACACAGCUCUGGCUCAACUAGUUCCAAACCUAGUGAAAAGUUUGAUACUAUAAGACAUAUGUUGAAAGAAGGCUUGAUAGAAGGGUUAGAUGAAAGUCCACCUACCUUCAAACCCCCUCCACCAAUUAAGAAAACACCAAAUGGAGUCCAUACAGAAGACAGAGCAGAUAGUGGACUAGGUUCUGCUGUCAGCACAACUAGGACAGAUGAAAGUGGUGGCAGUGAUAAUCGAUCUGAUUUUUCAGGUACCCCACCAUCUAUUCUUUCCCCACAAGAUGGAGACACCACAAAGAAAGGCAGACUAGAAACUAAAAGAGGGAAGGAAACAAUACGUAGUCGAACAUCUAUUGGGUCAGAGGACAUGGAGAGAAAUCGAGAUGAAGGGGAUGAAGUAGAGGUCAUGAUGCAAGAGACGAUGGAAAUUCCUCCUCCUCCUCCACCAAGGGAUGAGUCAAUGCACUGGACUCCUCGAACCACCACUCCCUUGUCACAAAAAGAUUCUGCCAGAAGUUCAUUAAGAGCAACACCAACCACACCCUCCACAUCUAAAAAUUCAAGCUGGUUGCACAACACUACCAAGGAAGAGAUGGUUGAAAUAUCCUCUGCCAACUCUCCUCUGCCUGCAGGAGAGAAGAUUACCCAUGUUGAUGAUUUGUAUGGACAGCAUGAACAUGUGGGCAAUGGGAAUGAGGUGAGCAGUGCAAUUAAUGGAUCCUUAGCAAGCCAGUACAGCAUCCAGGAUAAUGACAACCCUUUGACAGAUCGUGAUUUCUUAGAGAAUCUCAAAAACCUAGAGCCUCGUCCUCGACCUGAUACCUUAGCUGUGAUUAGCGAAGACCAAGGAAGCAUUGGGUCCAAGAGCAGCCGAUCUGGACGGUUGUUAUCAAGACUUGCAGAUUCUGUCCGUAGUGGAAGUAGAACACCAACUCCCUCCUCCUCAAAUAGUUCCACCACACGUGCCACCACCACCAAACUGACCUCAACAUCAAGGUCUUCCACCCGCAUACAUGGCGACAUCAUCAGGGAUCCCUGGCGAUCAUCCUUGAGGGAAUCAGCCCUGCCUUCCCCUCAAGAAUACGCACGCCUUCCAUCACUCAGUCCCUCCGUUGUUCCCCUUACUCGUGAUGGCUCAGGUCGCUUCAGGAGCAUUGAAGACCUUGCUGAAGCUGUCUCAGAGCCCACACAGCAGGAGGUCACACUCACUGGAAAGAAAAAGAAACACUCAACACUUCCGCCCAACCUCACACCAGCAGAUAUGAAAAAAGAAAAUAAGGAACUUCGAAGAGCAACUUCACUGAUGGUCGGCAAAAAAGGAAAAGGCAUAGUGAUUUUUCCUAUUGACCAUGGGAGCCAGCAGUUUCAAAUUUGGCUUUUCUGUUUUAGGUCCAACAUCAGAAAGUCAUGA